CUCUCUCUCUCUCUCUCUCUCUCUCUCUCUCUCUCUCUCUCUCUCUCUCUCUCUCUCUCUCUCUCUCUCUCUCUCUCUCUCUCUCUCUCUCUCUCUCUCUCUCUCUCUCUCUCUCUCGACCAAAAGGAUUAUGAAAAAAUGUUUUAGAUAUCUCAGAAUUCCAGGAUAAAUAGUCAGUAAAAUGUUUUUAAUCACGAUUAUUUUUUUAGUUCUUAAAAAAACGGAUAUUUUUAUUCUGACACACACGCUCUCUUUAAUCUGGUAACUCUGAUAUAAUCUCAUAAACUCAGAACUGCUUUUUUAAUAUCCAGCACAGGCGCCCUCUGCUGGACUCUGUUAUAACUGCAGGCUGUAUUAAACCUGCAGUUAUAAUCCAGGGCAGCAGAGGGCGCCCCAAAUCUGUAUGAUCGACUCUUUCAGGACUUCAGACCCCUCGGUGGACAGCUGAAAAAACCCAGAAGAAGAAUUCAGAGCGUAUACGUAGACGCCUCGUAGGCUGACGUGCGGCAGCCAUCUUGGAUGGGUCAUGCGCCCUCAGUGCAUUCAUUUCUACUGAAGGAGGUCGGUGUGCUAAACUAUAUUCACCGUAACUCCCUGAGUUUUUACACGAGUUUCUAUUCAUUUUUAAAAAUGGGAACAUUCCAUACUGAUGAACAUUUACAUGUAAAUCUGUGGGAUUAUAGCCAAACGGUUAAUUUCCAUCCCCAGUCCCAUCGGCAGGUUGAUAUUAAACAUAAAACCAAUAAUGUUAAAAGUACAAACAGCAUGACAGAGACAGUAAAACACUGACAACACAGACAUAAUAUACAGAAACACCGAACACAGACCAGAAACUAAGUGACCAAAAGAGAGAAUUCUAAAGAGCUAAAGAGCUAAUUAAAGUGUCAUGUGCUAAAGGUGUUUAAAGUGACAUUUACUACAGUACAGCUUGUGAAAGUGACGAGUGCAGAAGUGCCAAAUUACAUCGAAUUACAGAUGAGUGUCUAAAACUGCACAUGGUUUGUUUACAUAAAUAUAUUAUAUUUACCCUUUAUAACAAAUUUGCCUUCAUGAAUGAGAAUAUGUACGCCAGAACAAACCAAGAGUGGGACCCUAAAUCAAUUAACCAAUUAGACAAGAGAAACAGGUUCAGAGAUGAUGAUGAUGAUGAUGAUGAUGGCAGGUCUGGUUUUCUAACAGCCAUGACUGGAGAUGUUGAGGGUUGGGGGUUCACGUUUGGUGCUCGGUUAUUUGGUUCCAGGAUCGGGAUGAAAGGAGAAAACAGCUCGACCAAAGACACUUUUCCUGUCACCUCCAGAACGUCCUCUGGUUGAUCUGUUUGGAUUUUUUUAAUAAACUGAUGAGGUGGAGGUGGAGCUUAUGAAUAAUUUUAUAGAUCAAUACAGAGUCAGUGUAUUUUAUUAUGUUGUCAAAAUUUAGUCGCUCAAGUUUCUUCAGUAUCAGACAGUGAUGGUAUAUUAAGUUUUCUAUCAGGUACAUUUAGGGCCUGUUUAUCGACCGUUUCAAUCGGCUUCAGAGCUGACUUACAAGCUGUUGCCCAGCUAGUUAUGAAAUAAAGCAUGUGUGGCAUUAUCACAGCAUGGAGGUAUAGUUUAGCCGAUUCUGGAGUCAAGUUAUUUCUAAUGAAUCUGAAGUUUGAUAAAUUAAAUCUCAUUCUGUGCACGAUCCUGUUUAUCUGCUGCUCAAAGCAAAGUUGUGCAUCUAGAAUAAUUCCCAGAUAUUUAAAUACCUGAACUACCUUGAUUAUAUACAUCAGGAUUAUUGUCGAUACUUUGAUCAAUCAAUCAAUCAACUUUGUUUCUACAGUACAUUUAAAAGAACCCAAGGGAAGCCAAAGUGCUGAACAAUGACACAUAAAAACAAAUGAAACAAUCAAAGAACAAGAUAAAGCGAGCAGAGAUACAUUAAUGCAAACGCAUCAGUGUUUUUGAAAAGUACAGACAGUUUGGUUUGUUACAAACGUCAGAGAUGUAGUUAUGAUACAGGCCGCUGUCACACGUUAAAAAUAACCGAAAGGAUUUCUUAGUCGUACUUGUGAAUUAUAAUCCUACCUGAUCUGGUUUUUGGAGGAACAUAAUAAAGGCAUAGUUGCUCGUUAUCUGUUAACUCUGUUUGGCUCUAGUGAAAGUCUAGACCAUAGACUGUCUCUAGAAUAGACGCCCACUGUCUCCUCGCUCUGAGAACAGCGCCCUCUGGUGACGGGCUGCAGUAUAGGUCCUAAACCCCGCCUCCUUAUGGAGCUGUGGACAAACUUACUGUCAGACUGGUUUGUGCUCAAGUCCUCUUUUUUUCUGUACAGCUCCAUUUUUAAAAGUUAUUAGGGGGUUCAUGUUUUCUAUGAUUGACACCUGAUACAGCCAAUGGGAGGACAGGGAUUGAGUAGAUCACCCGGGGGAUACAAGUGUCACCACAGCGACUCUUCCGCCGAAUGUGAACAACGCUACUGAACAAUGUUGGUUUCAGGAAGUGGAGAAAAAAUGCAGAAAUACUGAGAACUUUUCAGCUUCAGAUCUGUAAACUGGAGGAAGGAGGAACCAAGUUGUCUAUGGUAUAAACUGUAUAUAUAUAUAUAUUUAUUUAUAUACUACUAUACUAAUAUACCAUAUACUACUAUAUACUGUAUAUACUAUAGACAACUUGGUUCCUCCUUCCUCUGAAGGCGAAACGUCUCAAGUAAGUCCAGUUGUUGUUGGUUUUUAACACUUGGUGGGUUGUACUGAAGUUUAUUUUUUACUGAUCCAAAGCUGCCGUUCAGAGGUGAACUGUUUAAAAUGAUCAGCAGUAAAAUAAGUUUUUACUCCUAUCAACAGAAACCCCUCUCCAAAGAUGUUCCCUGGUAUUCUGCUCCGUUAAUCCGACAGCUGCAGUCUGCCGCUUCUUUACGUAAUGGGAUCUCAAAUGUAAACCACAUGAUAAGCUUAUAAAAUAUGAAACCACUUAAAAAUACAUGAAGAGCACGCACAGACGAGGAUACAGUACAAUCAGCUUUGUUUGCCUGUGACAUGGAUCCAAGAAAAUCAAUCAGUAACUGUCAUUUCUGUGAAUCUGUGUUCAGUCCUGAUCCGUUCACAUUGAUUCAUCCUCCUUUAUCCCACUUCAUAUUCUGAGGCAGGAAUAUUGCUGUUGAGGAGCUUCACUGCGUCAUCGUGUCAUUUUUCUGAACAACAGCAGGAACCAGCAGCAGGUCUUUGGUGGUUCAUCAGUCAUCUCUGUGUCGCUGUCCGUGGUGCUGAACCUGCUGCUGCUGAACCAAACUCAGCUCAGAACCUAUCAGUACCUGGUACAGGAGAGUCCUCUAGAGGCUGUCUGCAGAAGUACACUUAAAGGGAUAUUCCGGCGUAAAAUUAAGUUAGGGUCAAACAAUCCAAGAAAACUGAGUUAGACCCCCCCUCCAGAGAUGAAUGUUGUCGACCGCUUUCUUCUCUAGUUAUACCAACUUUAGUAACGACCGCAGGAUAGAAAUACAGAGAGCCACGCCCCCAACCAAAACGCCACUCUAUAGCCACAAAUAAUGCUCAGAACAGCACCUAACUUCAUCAACAGGACAUAUAGGGUCACAGACAUAGUACUAGACACCAAACAUCUUUUUAACUUUGACUCAUUUCUUUAGCAAAGAGACUAAACACAACUCACCUACUCUCUUCCAGCAGACGCUUGUUUGUAGUGAGACCUCAGGCCAGUCCAUUACGGACUACAGCGGGGUGACUACGUCAAAAAAGACACAAACAACUACAAAGACACGCAAAACAAUGACUGGGAGACAAAACAAGCAAAAUAACCAAAGUGAAAAAAAAACAACAUGAAGAUGCAAACUGACCAAAACUAACUCCAAAUCACAUGGAAAAUAACACAAAGGCAAACAAAAACCAACGCAGAGCAAAGAGUCAUGUUAGAGAGACGAAACUACAAAGAGACACAGAGACAGACAUCUAAAGUUAAGAAGGUUCAACACCAUCAGAAAGAGACACAAAGUGUUAACAGACACAACAACAAAGCACCGUUUUUACCGAGGAGUCAAAAGGCCGACCGGUAACACGUAACAAUAACCAUAAUUUAUUAACGGUAAAUAGAUAGUUUAUUCAUGUAGGUUAAUAGUUACUUUACUAUUAACGAGCAAUGAAAUCAUGAUUAAUGAUUUUCAUUAAUUAUUAAUAGACUAUUAAUUAAAGGUUUAUAUUGGGUUUAAAUAUUAGUUGUCAAACAUCUAUAUUAAAAUGUUUGUCAGCAGCACUUUGUAAAUGAUUAAUAUUUGGUUUAUAAACCAUCUAUGAACAUGACAGAGAUGGUUAAUGUAAAGUUGGAACUGAUGUUUAUAUUUAUGAAUAUUAAAGGGAGAUACAACCAAGAUAUUUAAACCCUUUAUGAACCUUUAAUAAAUAGUCCAUUAAAAAUGAAUAAAAAUUAUGAAUCAUAAUUGUGAAUAGUAAAGUAACUGUUAACUUACAUGAAUAAACUAUCUAUUCACCAUUAAUAAUUGAUGGUUAAACAUUGAUAAACUGUCUGUUUACAAUUUAUAAAUGAUGAUAUAAGAUUAAUAAACUAUCUGCUACAACUAUAAAUGUUCUAUUUACCAUUUACAGGUUAUGAUUAUUGUAAAGUUAUUGGUUAUCGUAAAGUGUCGUUACCUUAAUUCUCUGGUUUAUCAUGUUUGUCGGGCCGACAUCAUUUUUAAAGGCCUGAUCUCGUCUAAAACAGCCUCACGUCUAUCUCCCUCUCUCUCUUUUUGUCCUCUCCAGGCCUCCGUACAGAGACAUGAAGAAGCAGCAGUUUACAGUCAGCGGGUUUCAGACUUUAUUAAUAACACGGCUCCAUCCCAUCGGGUCAACGUCAGCCCUUCUUUGACAUCAUUUUCUGGUCACCAAACUACCCAGCAGAUGGUGUGUUCAAUGACUGAAAGAUUUCCAAUAGCAACACGCUCAGGUUAUUGAUUAGACCAAUAUUUACCAGCUGAAUGCUCAAAGCGUGAGAGUGUGAUGAAGCCGGCGGCGUGUAAAGAGGUCAGAGACGGCUUCAGUCCUACGAGACGGUCCUGAAAAGACGAGCAACAAUUAGCUGAGGAGAGAGCAGAGUGGGAUCAAUGAGCUCACAGAGCGCCGGUUAUCAGGGAAACAGAUUGCUGAGUGACCAGAUUUGAGUCUGAGAGGAGGAGGAGGAGGAGGAAGAAGAGGGGGAGGAGGUGAGGGAGGAGGGAGUGAAAUGAGGCUGGAUAAUUAGGAGGAGCAGGCUGAAUCCCCACAGGGAGAGAGCAGCCAGAUCCGAACACGCAGCUCUUCCACCAUCCCUCCGUCUCUAUCUCUUUAAGAGCUCAGAGUGUGUGUGUGUGUGUGUGUGAGUGUGUCUGUGUGUGAGUGUGUGUGUGUGUGGGGGAGGGGUAUUGGCUGGGGUGGAACAGUCCUGUAAUGAGCAGAUUUUAGAGAGAGAGAGAGAGAGAGCGAGGCCAACAAACAGAGGAGGACGGAUGACUUGGUGGAAUCGGGAUAAAACAAAAAGAUCAGCGAUCAAACGAUGAAGAGGACGGAGGGAGGAAGAGGAGAGGAGACCUUCAGUUCCUGAUUUUUCCCGUCACACCUUCAGGAGGAGAGAGCUUCAUCUUCUCAUCACCGCCGAGCGGAGGAGAGGAAAUAAGAGGAGAGAUAUUCCCUCUCCGUGAUGUCUGCUGAGGUGUGUGUGUGCGUGUGUGUGUGUGCUGUGGAUGUGUGUGUCUGAGCGUUAGCCUGGAUUGCUUGUUUCCAGGCCAUGCUACAGAGAAAUUUCUCCGACUGCUCUGAUUUUUUUGAGUGCAGCAUCACCUCGUCUCCCCCUCUCCUCCUGUCGAUGCUGCAGCGGCGGCGGCGGCGGCGCUCAGGUGUCUGAAUGUUCAGAUUUUUCGGAUGUUUGGACGCUGUGAUGUCUGACUGAGCUCUCGCUAGCUUCCCGCUCUCAGGGCCUCUGGGACUGCCGGAGAAGCCUAGGCCUCGCUCGUCUGCAUCGCCCCGCUUCAUAGCCGAGGCGACGGGCCGGCGAGCUGCCGGGCUGCGAGGCUGCGUGGAGCAGGAAGGUGGAGGAGGAAGUGGAGGAGGAGGAGGAGGAGAAACACUCUGAGCCUGCAUGCCCAUGGGAAGCAGCAUGCACAGCAGCCGCCUUCGUCACCCCACAUCCACCGCUGAGGCUGAGACUGCUUCUCCAUCGUGAGGUGAUGCUGUUCCAGAAACAUCCCGCUGUUUUCCAGACGAGGAGCUGCUGUGAUACAUCGUAAACUGAGAGGAGCAGAGGAGCGGAGGAGAGGAGGAGCGGAGGCCUGCAGCUCCAUGCUAACAGAUCCAGACGAGGCCUCCUCCCUCUCGGCUCCCUCGGAGUGAACGGGCUGUUUCUUCUCUUCUUGACGUUCUAAGGAUUUGCCUAAACCUGUUUCAUGCAUGUCCACUGGAGGCAGGUUUGACUUUGAUGACGGGGGGUCGUACUGCGGGGGGUGGGAGCAGGGGAAGGCCCAUGGCAGAGGGGUCUGCACGGGGCCCCAGGGUCAGGGCGAGUACGCCGGGGCCUGGAGUCACGGGUUUGAGGUCCUGGGCGUUUACACGUGGCCCAGCGGAAACAGCUACCAGGGCACCUGGGCGCAGGGCAAGAGGCAUGGCAUCGGGGUGGAGAACAAGGGCCGCUGGGAGUACAGGGGGGAGUGGACGCAGGGGUUCAAAGGUCGCUACGGGCAGCUGGAGAGCACAGCCAGCGGGGCUCGAUACGAGGGGACGUGGAGCAACGGGCUGCAGGACGGAUACGGCACCGAGACCUACUCUGAUGGAGGUAAGACAGAAGGACAGGAGUGUUCUGAAACUAACCAAACCCUCCACAGGUACCGGGAAAAACCGAGUCAGUCCGGUCCGGUCCGGUCCGGUCCGACUUUCAGAUCCAAACAUCUCUCAAUGUUCCACAGACUGAGUUUCAGACUUACUUACUGAGCCUCUCUAACACAGCUCCAGGCCUCAUAUAGAACAUGUAGGUCAGGACCUGCACAGAUCACCCACAGGUGUUCAGGCGUCCCGGGGGUCCGAAUUUAGUCAGAUGAGCCCCAAGUAAAACCCAAAGUGAGGAGCAGGAGUCUGCUGGAGGUCAAAGUUCAAACAGAAAGUUCCUCCUCAUCUCCAACAAGAACUAAAAACUGGAAUAAACAGACAGAAACACACAGAGGCUCAUCAGCAGGAGACACGAAACAGAGACAAAGACACGCAAAACAACUACAGAGAAAAAAAACCAAAACUACAUCAAAGACAAAAAACAACUACAAAGACACGCAAAACAACUACAGAGAAAAAAACAAAACUACAUCAAAGACAAAAAAACAACUACAAAGACACACAAAUUUACAUCAAAGAUACAAAACAACUACAAAGACACACAAAACAACUACAGCGAAAAAAACAAAACUACAUCAAAGACAAAAAACAACUACAAAGACACACAAAUCUAAGUUAAAAAAGAUACAAAACAACUACAAAGACACACAAAUCUAAGUUAAAAAAGAUACAAAAAAACUACAAAGAGACACAAAACAACAACUAGAUGACAAACAAGCAAAAUAACCAAAGUGAAAAAAAUCAACUGAAAGAUUCAAACUGACCAAAACUAACUCCAAAUCACAUGGAAAAUAACACAAAGGCAAACAAAAAUCUAUGCAGAGCAAAGAGUCAUGUUAGAGAGACAAAACGACAAAGAUACAAAGGGACAGACAUCUAAACUUAAGAAGGUUCAACACCAUCAGAAAGAGACACAAAGUGUUAACAGACACAACAACAAAGCACCCAAACAGUUUUACUGAUACAAGGUUUAAGUAAAAACUACAAAGAAGCACAGAACAACAAAUGGAAACACAACACUACCACAAAAAUGGACCGAAAAAAACAACAAAGUGAUGCAGACAUCUAUGGAGAGGCCAAACUAGAUCGAAGAAUAAAGCAAACUGACAACAAGAUGAUUAAAAUGAACUAAAAGGAAAUGUUUUUUUAACUGAGACACAAAACAACUACAAAGAAACACUAAACAACUACAGAGACACAAAACAACAUCAAAGAGAAUCAAAACAACGACAAAGAGACACUAAACAACUACAAAGAAACAAUAAACAACUACAGAGACACAAAACAACAUCAAAGAGAAUCAAAACAACGACAAAGAGACACUAAACAACUACAAAGAAACAAUAAACAACUACAGAGACACAAAACAACAUCAAAGAGAAAAAUAGCAAACACAAAGACACAAACAACUACAAAGAGACACAAAACAACUACAAACAUGAGAAACAUGAGACAGACUACCCCUCUAAAAAUGAACUUUUGUGUUGAUGUUCAGAUCUCUGCUGAAUAAAUUUAGUUCCUUUAAUUUCAUAAAUCUCUUCAGUGGACACAGAUCUUAAACUGAGGACAGUUUAAGAUCUGUAGAGUUAAAGUGUUUAAAUCCAGUUAAAGUGUUUAAAUCCAUGUCUCCAUGUUCGUCUUCCUGUCCGGUCUCUCAAACAUGGUGGACGGGAAAGGAGGCCGAGCGUCUAAGAAUAGAAAUUAAACCAUGUUGAAAUCUCAUCACUGUUUAUAAAAACACACCUUCACCUCUCUGCAUCACACCCGCUGUCUCCAUGGCGACGCGGAGACAGCAGGUCAGCGUGUCGCUGGAGACCAGCUGCUCUCUGAUUGGCUACCUGCCUCCGUUAAAGGUGUUUAAUGUAGGCCGUUUGAUAACCGCCCCGCCCCCCCCCCACCGCACCGCCUCCGAGCCCCGCAGGACCCGGAUGAUGAAGGAGGUCAAUAAGUGAUGCGGUGUGUGUGUGUGUGUGUGUGUGUGUGUGGAGGCUGUUUUCUAACGGCUCCCAGCGCGAGCGUUAGGGCUCAAAAACGUCACACCUACGGCCCGAGCACGAGCCUGAAACAGCAGAAACAAAGAUGGAGGCGGAAACAUGAAAAAAAAAAACACUGCGUCACGAGACAGCUCGUCUUCCGAUCACGUGGACGACCGCCGACAGAUGAAUAUAGCACGCACGAGCUGACACAUUUUCCACAACCCAGUAACUGUUACACACACACACACACACACACACACACACACACACACACACACACACACACAAAUGGAGAGUUUGACAAAAUUAAUGACAGACUCAUAAUGAGGGAGAGUCCGGACGGUUCUGUUUCAGAACCACGGACAGCUCCGGGUCACUCACACACACACACACACACACACACACACACACACACACACACACACACACACACACACACAUCAGAAACUUUUAUGAAAUACUUUAAAAUUCAAACCAAGAAAAUUUAGUUUUUAUAAAAAAAUCCUUUAAAGACUCAAAUCUUUGACAUAAAUACAUCAUUUUAUCGAGUAAAGUGUAUCUUAGAGCAGAUGAUCUGAGGACGACAACGACUGAAGUUACUCAUACAGAAAAUAUCAAAUUACACAAAAUAAAAAUGUGACUUAUUUCUGCAUUCAGAGCAAAUUCAGAAGAACAAAAGUGAGAAAACAUCAAAUUAAACAAAAUAAAGACCAAAAACAAUCAUGUAAUUUUACUGCAUCAGGACACAUUAAUAAGAAACCGAGGAGGACCACAACAUGCCUUUCAAAAUAAGAUAUUUUUCAAAAUAAAAGACAUGUCAAACAUCAGAUCCACAUUAAAUAUCUAUUUUUUGACCAGCUGUUCUCGACCCAUCCAGAACGUGACCCACUUUUGGGUCGGGACCCACCAGUUGAGAACCACAUAUAUAUAGAAUAGACGCCGUCUGUCUCCUCUCUCUGAGAACAGCGCCCUCUGUUGACGGGCUGCAGUAUAGGUCAUAAACCCCGCCUCCUUAUGGAGCUGUGGACAAACUUUCUAAAUGAAUGACACAGAAUAUAAAUGUUUCUCCCCCCUGGUUGUGAUGUUGACAUGUAGUUACUGUCAGACUGGUUUGUGCUCAAGUCCUCUUUUUUCUGUACAGCUCCAUUUUUAAAAGUUAUUAGGGGGUUCAUGUUUGCUAUGAUUGACACCUGAUAC